AUGGACACCGAAAAUAAGAGCAGAGCAGAGCUCACUCUCCCAAACCCAGAGUGGUCUCCCAGUGUGCCUGAACCUGACCUCUCAGAAAUAUCUCUCCAUGAGAAUACUCUACUGAAGAAGUCCCCACCACAACAUACGUGGCUGACAUUUCUAAAAAAUGAGUUGGAGUUCCUGGGGGUAACACAAAUUCUGAUUGGUUUGAUAUGUCUUUGUUUUGGAACAAUUGUCUGCAUUGUACUCAGUAUUUCUGAAUUGGAGGAAGAUGUUUUUUCAUCAUUUAAAGUAGGCUAUCCAUUCUGGGGAGCAAUAUUUUUUGCUACUUCUGGAUUUUUAUUGAUUGUAUCUGAGAGGAAAAAGGCAGCAUAUCUGGUGAGGGGAAGCCUGGGGGCAAACACUGGCAGCAGCAUAGCUGGGGGAAUAGGAAUUGUCAUCCUGCUCAUCAACCUCAAGAAGAGCCUGGCUUAUAUCUACGACAGUUGCCCAGUGGUUUCUGGUGUUGAUGACGACUGCCUGCUGGCUUCUUUUUCCAUUGAAAUUGUGGCGAUGAUUCUGUUUCUCACCAUUCUGGGGUUUUGCAGUGCAGUGUCAGCCAUAGUAUACGGGGUUGGGGAAGAAAUCCGGAGAACUAAGGUUCCAGAUGAUCGUCUUUAUGAAGAACUAAACAUAUAUUCACCAAUUUACAGUGUGUUGGAAGAGAGAGUGGAAGUGUCUCCACCUACUGAUUCAUAA